CAGCAGCGAUGCGAGACUGAGGCAGCUCCUCCGGCCUUCGAACACCCGAGGGGGGACAAAACCGCGACCCCCAUGGGGGUCCCGACCCCCUGCAAACGCCGGGAUGGUUGAGGAGAGCGCGGGGGGAGCAGCGCGGGGGGCUCGGAGGGGUCCCUGCCGACCCCCCCCAGCCCCCAGCCCCAAAAGGCUGUGGAGCGUGGAGCGCUCCGGGAGGGGCUGGCGCCUCGAACGCCCCGUGGGGGUGGAUUGCAGCUCCCCCGAGCCUCGCUGCAUUUGGCUGAGCAGCCUCCGCCGCCACCUCGCCGCUCCCGACCCCCGGCCGCCCCCGGGACCCCGCGGGCUGAGAACGGAGCGGAGCCGCAGGCCAACGCCGGGCCGGAGAGAUGGGGCGUCCCCGAACGCCAACGCACCCCCGGAGGGGGGAUCCUUCCCCUGGGUGGGACCCAGGACGGUGGCGCUGCGCAAGAGCCCCCAGGGCGGAUUCGGCUUCACCCUGCGCCACUUCAUCGUGUACCCGCCGGAAUCAACCGUGCUCCCGGCCAAGGAGGAGGAGAAUGGGAACCGAGCAGGUCCCACCCGGAGCCGCCUGGAGCCCAUGGACACGAUUUUCGUGAAGAACGUGCGGGAGGACGGGCCCGCGCACCAGGCGGGGUUGCGCACGGGUGACCGGCUGGUCAAGGUGAACGGCGAGAGCAUCAUCGGCAAAACCUACUCGCAGGUGAUCGCCCUGAUCCAGAACAGUGACGAUGUGCUGGAGCUCUCCAUCAUGCCCAAGGACGAGGACAUCCUCCAGCUGGCCUAUUCCCAGGACGCCUACCUGAAGGGCAACGAGCCGUACUCCGGGGGGGCUCAGAGCAUCCCCGAGCCCCCUCCCAUCUGCUACCCACGCAAAACCUACCCCUUCCAGUCCCGGGGAGCCGAGCCCACCCCCGGCCAGCCGCCGGAUCCCCGCGCCGCCCGCCCGGCCACCGCCACCGGUCCCUCGUCCCCUCUCGGCGCCCGCAGCGACACCGGCGGCAGCCCCGCACACCGGCCCGAGGAUCCGCAGCCCGGGGGGCCCCCCCCCGCGCCCCGCCGCACCCCACGGGCACCCCGGCUCCUUCUCCCGCCCCUCCGUGUGCCCGGUCGCCAGGAGUGCCAGCAGGCGCUGUCGCGCUGGUUCUGCAGCCAGGAGCCGCGGCGCAGCGCCUCGGAGGAGCGGCGACACGCCAUGCCCCGCUACCGCAGCGUGUCCCACGACCGCCUGGGUGGCACCGCGGCCGCCACACCUCGGGGGUGGCCCCACAGCGCCUCGCACGACACCCUGCUGCAGCCCAGCCGCGAGGGUUGGGCUCCCCGAGCGCGCUCCGAUCAUUACCUGGGCAGGUACGGGCGCUCCAUGGAGGCGCUGGAGCCCAGCGCGCUGCUCUCGGCGCACCUCGAGCGCUCGCCGUGGCCGCCCGAGAGGCUCUGCCGGGCCGCUGUCGCUGUGGCCACCACCGGGCAACCCAUCCCAGCCGGUUCCUUCGCUGCUUCUUCCUCCUCUUCCUCCUCCUCGUCGCGGGAGGUGCAGAAGCACCCGUCGCAGCCCAACCUACAGAGCGUGGAUGAUUCGGGCUACAUCGGCUACCGCAGCUACAGCCCGUCCUUCCAGCGCCGCACCGGGCUGCUGCACGCCCUGGCUUGUCGCGACCCCGCCUUCGGGGGGCUGCCAACCUUCAGCAUCGCUCAGCGGGCAGUAGCCCCGCUCAGGGACAGCGUGGCCACCACGGCCACCCCUCCUGCGGUCACUCCGGCCGUGCCCAGCGCGCCCCGGGAGCCGCGGCCGGAGGGUGGCCGGGUGUCGGAGCAGGCGGAGGAGCGCAGGGAGGAGGUGGUGCUGCGGCAGAAACCGCCCACGGGCCGCAAGGUGCCCGCGCCGCUGCGGCAAAUGAAUUUUGUGUUCCCCGACGGGGGAAAGGACACGGACAUGGGUGAGCCCAGAGGGGAUAGGUCCGGCAAUGAGCGGCCGGGCCGGAGAGUGGCUCCCUUGGCGGCCCCCGAGGACUCGCUGGCGUCCAUCCCCUUCAUCGACGAACCCACCAGCCCCAGCAUCGACCUGAAGGCCAAGCACGUCCCGGCCUCCUCGGUGGUGUCCAGCGCCAUGAACUCAGCGCCGGCCGUGGCCACCAGCCCCGCCUCGCCCACCUUCGCCUUCGCCCUGUCCCGCCACUACUCCCAGGACUGCAGCAGCAUCAAGGCGGGCCGCCGCUCCUCCUACCUGCUGGCCAUCACCACCGAGCGCUCCAAGUCCUGCGACGACGGCCUGAACGCGUUCAGGGAUGAGGGCAAGAUCCUAAGGAGGAUGCCCAGCCGGGUCCCCAGCCUCCGCAUGCUGAGGAGCUUCUUCACCGACGGGUCUCUGGACAGCCUGGGCACGUCCGAAGACGCCCGUUCCAAAAGACACUCAACCUCCGACCUCUCGGACGUGCCGUUCAGCGCCGUGAGGAAGGAGGGCUGGCUCCACUGCAAGCAGAUCCUCACCAAAAAGGGGAAGAAGGUCGGCGGAGGCAUCCGGCAGUGGAAGCGCGUGUUCGCCGUGCUGCGCUCGCACUCGCUGUACCUGUGCAAGGACAGGCGGGAGGCGGUGACCUGCGCCCCGGCCCCAGGUGAGGAGGAGCCGCCGAUCAGCAUCCAAGCGUGCCUGGUGGACAUCUCCUACAGCGAGACCAAGAGGAAGCACGUCUUCCGCCUGACGACCGCUGACUUCUGUGAAUAUCUCUUUCAGGCAGAGGAUCGGGAAGACAUGCUGGCCUGGAUCAAAGUCAUCAGGGAGAACAGCAAGGCUGAGGGCGAGGACCCCGGUUUUGCCAGCCAAGCCCUUAUCAGCAAGAAGUUAAACGACUACCGGAAAGUGAGCCCUGCGGGCUCCAAGCCCGACUCGUCACCCAAGGGCCCUCGUGGGCUGGGGAUCCGAGCUGAAUUCCUGAAGCAGGCGGGAACCAGCGCGCCCCGGUCCCCCAGGCAGGACGUGGCUGUCACAAAAGAUGAAAGCAGCUCCCAAAAAACCCCGUGGGGCAUCAACAUCAUGAAGAAGAACAAGAAAUCCGCCCCGCGCGCCUUCGGCGUGAGGCUGGAGGAUUGUCAGCCUGCCCCCGACAACAAGAACGUGCCCCUGAUCGUGGAAGCGUGCUGCAAGGUGGUGGAGGACCGGGGGCUGGAGUACAUGGGCAUCUACCGCGUGCCCGGCAACAACGCCGUGGUGUCCAGCCUGCAGGAGCAGCUCAACAAGGGAGCCACCGAGAUCAACCUGCAGGACGAGCGCUGGCAGGACCUGAACGUCAUCAGCAGCCUCUUGAAAUCCUUCUUCCGAAAGCUGCCCGAGCCCCUCUUCACCGACGAUAAAUACAACGACUUCAUCGAAGCCAACCGGAUCGAAGACGCCAGCGAGAGGAUGAGGACGCUGAGGAAGCUGAUCCGCGACCUGCCGGGCCACUACUACGAGACCCUCAAAUUCCUGGUGGGCCACCUGAAAACCAUUGCUGACCACUCAGAGAAAAACAAGAUGGAACCCCGGAACCUGGCGCUGGUGUUCGGCCCCACGCUGGUGAGAACGUCCGAGGACAACAUGACCGACAUGGUGACGCACAUGCCCGACCGCUACAAGAUUGUGGAGACCCUCAUCCAGCACUCAGAUUGGUUCUUCAGCGACAAGGAGGACAAGGGUGAGAAGACCCCCGUGGAUGAGAAGGAGGCGCAGUCCGUGCCCAACAUCGAGUACCUGCUGCCCAACAUCGGCAGGACGGCGGCGCCCGGCGAUGCCGCAGGUGAGGGGCAGCGUCCCUGCGGCUCCGCCAAACCGAAGGGCACGUGGCCAUCGCGCAAAGCUCCGCCGCACCGGGAGCUCCUCGCCAUCCCCUUCGUCUCGGCCGCCGCCCGCAAGAGGAAGAAGAGGAGAGAGGCCGAAGGCGUCGGGAGCAGCACCGACGACGACGCGGAGCGCAGGGACAGCCCGGGCCGCCAACACGAGCGGGAGGUGACACCCGGCAAAGCCCCUCGGGCCACCAGCACCGAGCCCGCGGCCAGCGGGGUGCAGCGGGAAUGCUCGGCCGGCUCCGAGCCGGCUCCGGACGCGCGCUCCAUCGUGUCCGGCUACUCCACGCUGUCCACCAUGGACCGCAGCCUGUGCUCCGAGGUGCCCUCGGUGGCCGGGAGCCGCGGGGACGAGGCGGAUGACGAGCGCAGCGAGCUCAGCCACAUGGAGACGGACACGGAGAGCCGCGAGGGAGCCCGGCGGGGACGCGCCGGGUUGGGGACGGCGACAGGCGACGAGGACAAAGCACCCGCGAGCCGCGCGUCCUUCAACUCGCACCGCCUGAUCCAGUGCGACACGCUGGCCCGCAGGAAAUUGGGGAGGCCGCGGGUGGCCGGCGAGGUGGCGGCGGUGGCCGGCGGGGACGAGCAGAGCUGGGUGGCCACGGGGCGAGCGUCGCUGCGGGAGCAGCUCCGGCAGCACCUGCGGGGCUCGCUGGAUGACAUGGGGACCAUCGGGGUCCGCCUGCGCCGGGCGCACUCCCCCGAGACGCGCCGCAAGAAGAGCAGCUGGCGCCGGCACACCGUGGUGGUGCCCGGUGGCCUCAAGGACCUCAACUUCAACGAGUGGAAAGAACCGCGGGGACACCCGGCGACACCGGGACCUUGUCGCGAUAAAGACUCGGGGCUCAGCAGCCUCGAGUCCACCAAAGCCCGGCCCGCGGUUCCGGUUCCGGCUCAGCCUGGCAGUGCUGGCCCGGGCACGGCCACCAAGAGUCCCCCCGGCAGCCCCGGGCCCGCCCUGCGCUUCCCGCAGUGUCUCUGAGCGGGGCUCGUUAAUUUAAGGACUGUCCCUUGUCCCCGUAUUUAAUUAUUUAACAGGUCCCGGUGGCCGGGCUUGGGGACACAAAGCCACCACGUCCCCCGCGCUUUGGGGACCAGCGGUGGUGGCGCCGCACGGUGCCCCAGCCCCGGGCAGGGCCAGGAGGGGCGUGGGGGCUCGCGGGGACUGUCCCCAGGGUGGCACUGCUGUCCCCAGUGGUGGCAUUGCUGUCCCCAGGGUGGCAUUGCUGUCCCCAGGGUGGCACUGCUGUCCCCAGUGGUCGUCCUGAUGUCCCCAGCGGUGUCAUUACUGUCUCCAGGGGUGGCACUGCUGUCCCCAGUGGUGGUGCUGCUGUCCCCAGUGGUCGUCCUACUGUCCCC